AUGGAGCAAGGGAAUGAAACACGCAUUUCAAAAUUUCUUCUGCUGGGAAUUUCAGAGGACCCCAAAUUGCAACCCUUCCUCUUUGGGCUGUUUCUGUUUAUGUACCUGGUCACUGUGCUGGGGAACCUGCUCAUCAUCCUGGCCACCAUCUCAGACUCCCACCUGCACACGCCCAUGUACUUCUUCCUCGCCAACCUGUCCUUUGCAGACAUCUGCUUCACCACAACCAGCAUCCCAAAGAUGCUGGUGAACAUCCAGACCCAGAGCAAGGUCAUUACCUACAUGGGCUGCAUCAUCCAGAUAUACUUUUUCAUAUUCUUUGGUGUUUUGGACAACUUCCUCCUGGCGGUGAUGGCCUAUGACCGUUAUGUGGCCAUCUGUCACCCCUUACACUACACGGUCAUCAUGAACCGCCGGCUCUGUGGACUGCUGGUGCUGGCGUGCUGGGCCACGACUGCCCUGAAUUCCUUAAUAGACAUCUUAAUGGCAGUGCAGCUGUCCUUCUGCACAGACCUGGAGAUCCCACACUUUGUAUGUGAACUCAACCAGCUGGUCCUACUUGCCUGUUCUGACACGUUUUCCAUUGAUAUGGUGAUGUAUUUUGGAGCAGUGUUGCUGGGAGGUGGUCCCCUCGCUGGGGUCCUUUACUCCUACUCCAAGAUAGUGUCCUCCAUCCGUGCAAUCUCUUCAGCUCAGGGCAAGUACAAAGCCUUCUCCACCUGUGCUUCUCACCUCUCUGUGGUCUCCUUGUUCUACUCUACACUCCUGGGAGUGUACCUCAGUUCUUCCAUUACCCAGAACUCACAAUCGACAGCAAGAGCCUCGGUGAUGUACAGCGUGGUCACCCCCAUGCUGAACCCCUUCAUCUACAGCCUGAGGAACAAGGACCUCACAGGAGCUCUGAGAAGACUCUUCCGAGGGAAACUGUAGUGGAGACAUUUUCCAGGAUGUGCCUGUGGACUUGGGACUCAAAGACACUGAACCAGACACUGUAAUUCUUUAUCCAGACCAUGGAAAUAG